AUGUCAAUCGAAGUCGACUGGGCAGCUGCCACCUCUGGUCCAGAUGGGGAAGCCCUGGCAGAGCGUAUUCGGUCAUUCGUGCACGACAAAUUCCAGGAGAUCACCCUACCGCGCUUCAUCCGCUCAGUCCAAGUGCAUUCCUUCGACUUCGGGACUAUUGGUCCAAAUCUCGAGAUAAAAGAUAUUUGCGAACCAUUUGCCGAUUUCUACGAGGAAGACGACGACGAUGCCGAUACCUCCGUCACCUCUGAGGAGCUCAUGCCCGAGCUCCGCGAAUCCCCAUACGAAGAUGACAUGACUUUCAACCCCGCCGCACAUAGCCCUCACAGCUUCAGCCAUCAUCCAUACCCCGGCGAAGGGUUUCAGCCGUCUGCACUUCGGUCCCCUUUAGGCGAUCACCUCAACCCACAUUUCCUGCCCCGGGCCGGUACACCUGGGAUACCCGGCGGUACGUCAACUUUAGGGUACCACAUGCGAUCUCUAGGGGGUCUCUCGGGCACACAAACACCCCUGGUCGCUGUAGCGGGUGGUUCUUCAUUUGCGAGUGGAUGGUCUGAUUCUGGAAUGGGGGUCGGGCCUAGAUCACAAGCUACACACCCUGCUGCACACCAUUUCGGGGAACCAGAUCUGGACACCAAUUCCACUUCCCGACCCUCAACCGCCAACACACUCCCUUCUCAUCCUUCACUUGGCCACGCAGGCAGUGGCGGGUCAAUUCGGAACACUAGUGACCCCGCAGAUGCGCCACAGCCCUCGAUAGAAACCUCGGAUGACCCCGCCGCAGACCAAUCGUUCCCCAUCCCGCCACGCAUGCGCGAGCGUCGGCCGGAGGAUUUCCAAGUUCUUUGCCAUGCCAAGUAUGCGGGCGAUGUUCGUAUGUCCCUCACUGCAGAGAUUCUCCUCGACUACCCGAUGCCUAGCUUUGUGGGGCUGCCUUUGAAGCUUAAUGUCACCGGUAUCACGUUUGAUGGAGUUGCCGUCGUUGCCUAUAUCCGCAAGCGUGUGCAUUUCUGCUUCUUGUCUGCGGAAGAUGCGGAUGCCUUGCUUGGAUCGGAACAGUCUCAGGGUAGCCAGAAUCUCAAUGACGAUGGUCGGCCUCGGUCUAGGGGUGAUCAAAAAGAAAGAGACCUGAAGCGGCAAGGUGGGCUCCUGCGGGAGAUCCGAGUAGACAGUGAGAUUGGCCGCAAGGAGGAUGGGAAGCAGGUCUUGAAAAAUGUUGGGAAGGUGGAACGCUUUGUGCUCGCCCAGGUUCGUCGGAUCUUCGAAGAGGAGCUGGUAUAUCCUAGCUUUUGGACAUUCUUGGUCUGA